AUGCAGACCUACUACUGCGCGGACAUAUCUCCUACCCUGGCCGAGCUUGCUCUGUCAGAGGCCAGACACUACAGGGAGAUAGGAAAAACCAAGACUGCAUUGAGCCGUUAUGACACUUACAUCUGGUUGCAGCGUCGUUUUUUGAACCAGUCGACGGAUGAUCAUGAACAGAAAGACAUAUCAAAGGCCAUCCGACAAGCCAAGACUGAACGAGACGCCAUUCGAUCAAGGAGGGUUCCUGUGCACACAGGUCCUCUUCGCUCUUUCAAGUAUUGUAAUUGGUCUCUUGAAGGAACCCACCGUCAACGGCUCUAUACACCUGCAGCCACGGGUCUUUACAUGACCAUGCACCUGGUGGGCCCUACUAGCGUGGAGAAGAAGCGCUACCUUCAAGACUUUACUGACACACUUCCAUGUCAACACCUUUACACGGCUCCAAGUUCUGCGUGGGGCGCACGUUCGCUAUUUACUAGUAGUGGCUUGACAAGCUUGAAGCCCAUGGACGCCGUUGUUGGCGGUCAAUACAGGCCAGAGGUGGUUCACACAAGCCUGAUAGAAAACGAAACUGGACUAAAGGAUGCAUGCCAUUCCACCAUUUGA